AUAUGGUAUACAAAUACAAUUACUUGUAUUAAUACAACACACCCUCAGUAAUGGGUUUUGCAUUGGUGGUUGUGGUGGUGGUGAUGGCGGGUUUUGGUGGUUUGUUAUGCGAAUGUAAAUGUGAAAUAAAAGGAAUAUUCAAUUUUGGUGAUUCGAAUACUGAUACUGGUGGUUUUUUUGCUGCAUUUCCACCACAGAAGAAGCCUUUUGGUAUGACUUAUUUCAACAAACCUGUUGGUAGAGCUACUGAUGGAAGGGUUAUUGUUGAUUUCUUAGCACAAGCAAUUGGGAUACCAUUUCUAAGCCCUUACUUAAAGUCAAUUGGAGGGGAUUAUAGACAUGGAGCAAACUUUGCAACAGCAGCAUCUACUGUAAGGCUACCAAACACUUCUUUAUUUGUUACUGGAGUUAGCCCCUUUUCUUUGGGUAUUCAGCUAAACCAACUCAAGGAGUUACAAUCUAGGAUUCUUGAUCAUUCUUCUCUUGAAGUAUCAACCCCUUUACCUUCAAUGAGCACAUUUGGUAAAGCACUCUACACAUUCUACAUUGGCCAAAAUGAUUUUACUGGAAAUUUAGCAUACAUUGGAAUUAGUGGAGUGAAGAAAUACCUACCUGAAGUUAUUUCUCAGAUUACCUCUACAAUCAAGGAAGUAUAUGGCAUAGGAGGAAGAACAUUUUGGGUACUAAAUCUAGCACCAAUUGGUUGCUACCCAGCAUUCUUGGUAGAGCUUCCACACGAAACCUGGGAUUUGGAUGAAUUUGGGUGCAUGAUCUCCUACAACAAUGCAGUGAUAGAUUACAAUAACAUGCUCAACAAGGCACUCCAACAAACUAGGGAUGUUCUUCCAAAUGCUUCCAUUGUCUAUGUUGACACUCACUCUGUCUUACUUGACCUCUUCCACCAUCCUUCAUCUUAUGGUAUGAAAUACGGAACUAGAGCAUGUUGUGGACAAGGUGGUGGGCCCUACAAUUUCAACCCCCAAGUAUUUUGUGGGAAUUCCAAGCUCAUAAAUGGAAGCACAUUAACAGCAACAGCUUGUGAAGACCCUAACAACUAUGUAAGCUGGGAUGGAAUACAUGUGACUGAGGCAGCAAAUAAGAUUGUUUCCUUAGCCAUUCUUAAUGGAUCUUGUUUUGAUUCACCUUUCCCUCUUCAUCAUAUUUGUGAUCUCAAACCCAUUGGAUGAUCAGCUAAUCUUGUAAGCUAGAGACCGUCAUGAGCCGAUCUUAAAGCAAGGAGUUCAUAUGUUAAUAAUUGUAUUACUUGGACUAUUUAAAUCCAUAUAUGAGGAGUGUCUCACGAUUAGACCGUCUCACACAAAAACUUGUGUUGGAUGAUAAUUUUAAGGUGACUAGCAACAGACUAGCCCUACUUUAUGAAUGCACACGGUCCAAGUUGGUUUGAUAUAAUACUAAAAUCAAACAAGAUUAGAAAUUCUAAUUUGGAAAUUUUACGGACUAGAUCAGAGCAAAACUAACCGAAUCGAACUAAAUUUUUCUACUA